GAUCCAUCAAGACCUCGGAACACCUUAUCAUCUACUGGCUCGACCAUCCGCUCAAGAAAGAACAAUCAAGAGAUUUUCCUAUCUUUCCAGUCGCAUCUGAAUCCACUUAUUAAAGAAAGGGAGACCUGCGCAGCCUCCAUGGAUAGAUUCAUUAUCAUCAUCAAUAUACGUUAGCUGAGGGCAAGAAACGCACCUCAGCUAAUGUGCCGCAGUACAAAAGCAAUAGUACAAAGCAUUCAAUAAUUUUCUCUGCUUCUUUGAAACACGAGAAACUCGUUCUCAGUCGCCCGUAAUGGCCGGUUCUAACCCAGUAGACCAUCGGCGAAAGUGGGAUCGAGCGUACUUUGAAAAACUUGCUGAGGACAGUCUUAGCAAUGAAUUGGAAUCCUUGAAAAAUGCUAGAAAGGAGAAGGAGGUUAUCAAAAAGGAGUUUCUCCGCGCACGAGAUUACACCAUUGAUUUGGAAUCUAAUCUUAAUAAAUCACAAGUUAUUGCAAAGACCGGUCCUGGCUCUUCUCAAGCCGGUUACUAUUGUGAAGUCUGUGACUGCGUUGUAAAAGAUUCCAUAAACUAUUUGGACCAUAUAAACGGUAAAAAACAUCAGCGCAACAUGGGAAUGUCCAUGCGUAUUAAGCGGUCCACCUUGGAAGAUGUAAAAGAAAGAUUCCAGCUGCAUCAGCAGAAAAAAGAGGAGAAGGCACAAGAGUACAGUCUAGAUGAGCGCAUGAAACAAAUUGCAGAAGAGGAAGAAAAAAUGCGGGCUUACCGAAAUGAGAAACGAAAGGAAAAAAGGCGCAGGGGCGAGGAUCAACUUGUUGACGAGGAUGUUGCCGCUGUGAUGGGUUUUGGAGGGUUUGGAAAACGUAACAAAUGAUUAUCUGCUUUUGUGAAGUGUGGACUUUGUUGUACAUAUGUUUAUAGCCGCUAUUUUUGGAGUGGCCUUUUCCGAUCCCAAUGACAUCAACCGCGUCCCCAUGUGUUCACUACGUAUGAUCUUUGCCACUCUCUCAUCUCUCCUUCAUCUGUACAUAGUUUCUUUUCCGUGAAUGGGUGCAUCAACCGUACACGCUUUAAUCAAUUUCAACUGACCUGCUUAUGUACAUUACGUAUCAUUUUUACUCUCUUUGUGUGGAGUGCUGCUUAAAAGCCGUUCUCCAAUCUUGAAAGACCGCCACGGACCAUGCUAUUGACACUCUUCUGCAUAGGAGCCAAUCUUCGUAGGUUCUUAGCAUGCUCUUCUGUUGGAACUUCAGUCCUCUGGUAUGUCACCACUGAUCGUUCUACCUGCAACCCCUUUUAGCUCCUUCAGUACAAACAUGUAACAUUAUUUACUAUCAGUUUUCGGCACCGUGCUUUUCCAUACCAUGUUUCAAA